GCUUAGAGAGGGCUGAAAGCCCUAUGAAGCGGUAUAUAAGUCUACUGCUAUUGCUAUUGAUACAAAAUUAUCACAAUUCCCUUUUAAGGUAAGCAAAAAGUAUUAAUAAUAAGGCAAAGAAAUUAAAGACAGUUCAUAACAAAAUGAACUAUAGUUAAAUCUAGUUUAUAACAAUACUUCCCAGUGUUCAUACAAUGCUUUCUAUAUUGCCUUUUGUUCUUUAAACUUCUCAUCUUUUGUUCUGAAGAUCUCUUCAAUUCCAUCUAACCACAAAAUUCUUGAUAUUUGUUCUGCUGACUCAUUCAUUCCUCCAUAUAUUUAUUUUGCAAUUCUUCCAAAAGAGGAUACUGUGUGGCACAUAUUUGGCAUACAUUGUCUCAGUGGCAUAAAUCCUAUUGAUGAAAGAAAGAAAUUAACUAUCUUUAAUGAACUUAAUGUAAUCAUACUGGACCAAUUAAUUCUGGACUGGGAACUAGAUACGAUAGCUUGUGUCAUAUAAAAAUAAUAUAGAGAUUGCAGGAGCAUAUUAGUGCAAUUUAAAACUGCAAAUGGGCAGUGACUCCCCUCCCUCUCAAAAAUCAAACAAUUAAAGAUUUUAGUUGAAUGUAGGCUGUAUUGCUUCUUUUAAUCCAUUUAAAUUAGGAUUUUAAAAUUCUCAGAUGUUUUACUACAUAGCUAGAAAAUUUCUUCACUAAGCAAUUAUGCUGCCAUAAUUACUGAAGCAAUAGAUGGGCUCCAUUAGUGAUAUAUCCCCUUAACAAUACUGUACUGUAGUUGUAUAAUGUUGCAAAAACUCCAUGUGUCACUAGCAAUACUGGAGGAGUAUUUUCAAUUUUGCAUUUUGAUUACAAUCCAAUUUCAGUGAUUCAUCAAAACAGCUAAAGGCGUCUCAGAAUUCUACAAGUUCCUGAAUCAGAAACAAUUUCAACUAGAUGGGACAGAAGAUUUUCUGGAUAUGUUUCACUAGAGAAACACACAAUCCAGGAAUGAAGAAGACAUCACUAGAAGAGUUUUGAAUGAAAGCACACAAACAACAUCCAAAGAGAACACUCAGGUCUUUCCUUCAACAUACAUUUUGUGAAAGAAUAAUUGUAUUCACUACAAUUAAUAACAGAUACUGAAAUACAGUUGUUUCAAUCACUGUCUUAAUAUUAUUUCAGACAUGGAUAAUAUCGUCACAUGUAUUUAAGUCUCCUUAAGAUUUAUAAUUUGUGUAUUUUAACACAUUGGUCCAAGAUUGGGAAAACCCAGAGUGAUUUGGGCAAAUCAUAUCAGGCCUUCUUCCUACCUUGCAAGAUUAUUUGCUACUGUGAAUAAAGGAAAAUCCCAAUACAAGCCACUUUGAGCUGCUGAAGAAAAUGUGGGAUAACAAUAUUUAAAAAGUGAAGAUGUCGUGCUGGUGACUAGUGUAUACAUCGAGGGCAUUCUUGGCAAGAAUAAAUUCUUUUUUCCUUCUUAUAGGAUAGGAUGUUCCUCAACUUCUCCAUCGAAUCAGGCUGAUUCUCUGUUAAUCUUCGUUCCCUGCCAAAACUAGCCUGCAUCUAUCAUAAGCAUGACUUGGAUGACUGGGAAUCUCUACAGACACUUAAGUUGCAUCUAGUUCCCUUCUCUUGUUCCCACCUGCUGCUUAAUGAAAAUAUGACCUAUUUCAAUAUUCAUUCCUCCCGUUUUAGAAAGUGUCUCUGUUUUUUUGCGGGGGGGGGGAGUUGGUCUUCAAGAAUAUUAAAGUUCGAGACAUGCUGCUUUAAGAUUCUCAAGGGCAUGGGCAUCCUCCGAGAUCACGUGAACGUGGGAAAGCGCCUCCGUUCACAUCCCAGAGAGCUGUGACCGUUUCCAAGGAGAGGUCCCCGUGAGAGACCCACAGCCUGCGUGGAUGCCGAUCCUCCCGGCUAAAACAGCCUCGGACUACCCGGCGCGGCACUCUUGCCCUCGCAAUCCCCCCGGGGACGCAAGGCCGGCGGAGAAGCCUCAGCCCUCCUCAGUCUCCCCAGCAGCGCGGCUUAGUUUCCGGAGGGCCGAGCCACCCCACGCUGGCUCCUCCUUCCCCAGCUGCCAUCGGGGCUCUUUGCCUGUCUGCCGGCCUGCCUGCCUGCCUUCUUUCCUCGCGGAGGAAGGAAGGUCCGGGCCGCGGUCGGAGAAGCUCUCUGGUCCCUUCGCUCGCGCUGUGCACUUUUCCCAUCCGCGAUCGGGGUUGGAGAGUUUUGGCGCGUCCCGAUGAUUUGGGGACGAAUCCCUCUAAUUCACUGAAUGGAUGAUUAAGUAAACCACAAUUUUGGCUCCCUAGCUUUGGAUCUGACACCAGAGAAAAGUAACCGGCCACUUUCUAGGCAGUGGGUGAAGCAGUGUAUGGACCUAAAAAAGAUAGAAAGGUUUUUCUCAUUGCCAUGUUAAUACUGCUUACGUUGGGAGCUCUAUUUCCAAAAAUAGUGGCCACGGGACCAGAUGAACAUCUUCACAAUGGCAGCAACAUUUUGCAAGAGCCAAGGUAUCCUUAUGAAAGCAUCAUGUUGCCAGAAGAACAUGUCCCAUAUUUUUUACACAAUAAUCCAGGCAUUGCCAUUGCUUGCAGGCAGGAUCCUUUUUGCCCUUAUAAAAAACAUUUGAAGAAAUUGAAAGCUUGUUGGGGUUAUGAGAAAUCCUGCAAGCCAGAAAACAGGUUUGGAUAUCCAACUUGUGAUUAUGCUGAAAUUGGAUGGGCUAAUACCAUUGAGCAGGCCCAGGAUAUUUUCUGGAAGCAAGCUGAUUUUGGUUAUGUUAAAGAAAAGGUGAAAGAUGUGAAGACUCAUUGCAAGCCUAAGAAUGCGGGAGAUUCUUCACUUGAAUGUUCCCGUUACCUUCAGUAUUGCAAAGCAGCAAAUAUAUAUAUUGAUUUAAGGCAUCCAAAGAGAAACCAUGAUAGAUUCAAUGAAGAUUUCUUCAAGAAAGGUCAAAUAGGUGGCCACUGCAAUAUGAAUACUGAUGCUUUCCUUGCUGAAGGUCAACAAAAGAGUCCUUUGCAAUCUUGGUUUGCUGAACUCCAGACGUACACAGAGAUGAGCUCCAGACCAUUGGAAGACGGCAGCUGUGAUGUCAUUGUUGAGAAGCCAACUUAUUUCAUGAAGCUUGAUGCAGGUGUCAACAUGUACCAUCAUUUUUGUGACUUUGUGAAUCUUUACAUCACUCAGCAUGUUACCAACACCUUCAGCACUGAUAUCAACAUUGUAAUGUGGGAUACUAGUACAUAUGGAUAUGGAGAUUUGUUCAGUGAAACAUGGAAAGCAUUUACAGACUAUGAAAUAAUACAUUUGAAAUCGUAUGAUUCAAAAAGGGUCUGCUUCAAAGAAGCAGUUUUUACCCUAUUGCCUCGAAUGAGGUUUGGCUUGUUUUAUAAUACACCAUUGAUCUCCGGCUGUCACGGGACAGGAUUAUUCCGAGCCUUUUCUCAACACGUGUUGCACAGAUUAAAUAUCACCCAAGAUGGGCCUAAGGAUGGGAAAAUCAGAGUUACAAUACUUGCCCGGACUACAGAGUAUAGAAAGAUAUUAAACCAGAAUGAGCUUGCCAAUGCUUUGAAAACACUGCCAUUAUUUGACGUCCAAAUAGUGAAUUACAAGUAUAAGGAGCUCGAAUUUAAGGAGCAGCUGAAGAUAACCCACAAUUCUGAUAUCUUCAUUGGAAUGCAUGGAGCAGGCCUUACUCAUCUUCUCUUUUUGCCAGAUUGGGCUGUCAUCUUUGAACUGUACAAUUGUAAAGAUGAACGUUGCUACUUAGACCUUGCAAGGCUGAGAGGAAUCCAUUACAUCACCUGGCAGCAGAAGGAUAAAGUGUUCCCUCAGGAUGAGGGGCAUCACCCGACAUUAGGAAAACAUCCAAAAUUUACAAAUUACGCCUUCGAUGUGGAAGAAUUUGUCCGUCUGGUUCUGUUGGCAGCUGAUCAUGUGUCACAACACUCCAAAUGGCCAUUUAGGAGAAAACAUGAUGAAUUCUAGGUCAGAUAAUUGGCCUCCUCUGCAGAGUUUUUAAAUACUAAAGUGUUCAGAAUGUCGGUUCUUUUGAAGUAGAAUCACGAAUUAUGAACUUGUUUGAAGAGGGAGAAGUGAAAAGGGUUAAAUGGGCAGGAGUCAUAUAUAAUGUCUCUCUCCAAGCAUGUUAUUUCUGUAUUAUUACUUUCUUACUGACAAUCCCCAUCCUAAUUUACUUGAGGAAUUUGCAUUAUGCAUGAUCUAUUUAUUAAGGUGAACAUGUUUGCACUAUAAUCUUCCUAUUUAUUUUAGGAUUGUCAUUGCUCCAGAGCAGUGAAGUGAAAGAUAAGCACACUGGACCUUUUCCUCCCCUGCUUCUUUUUGUGACAUGUAGCAAGACCAUUGCAGCCUUGUAUCUCCCUCCCUCCCUCCCUCCCUCCCUCAGCACUGACAGUGAUCUGGAAAUGAAAAUCCAGAUGAGGUCCAUUGUGUAAUAGAAAAGCUAAGAAAUCAGGUUGAUAAUGCAACUUAUGUGUGACUUGCUAAAAUGUUACACUUUUUAAAAAGCAGCAAAUCACAGCUGAGGGAAGGGGAUUUUGGCAUGAAAUUCACAGAGGGCCUCAGUCCUAAUCAGCAGUUCAAUCCUGAUCUGUCACUCUGACUUCAUUUUUAAUUAAAAGAGAAGUAUCUCUCUGAAAUAUGCUUAAUCAUGGUUUUGUUUCUAUUGCCACAUGCAUUUCACAUUUAGGACUGUCAUUAUACAGGGAAUCCCUGGUUAAUGGCCAUUUAUUUAGCAAGUUAUGGUAGUGCUCAAGACCCCAUGGUCCUGUGAUCCUGAUUCAAGCACUUGGCAACUGGCUUGCAGUUACAAUGGUUGCAGCAUCCUGGGGUCACAUAGCCAUUAUUUGCAGCUCCCGCUGCUAGCUUCCAACAAGCAAAGGCCAUGGGGAACACAGCAGGAGGUUGCAAAUGGCAAUCACAUGACAUAACAUAACGCAAUGUUCUUCUAAUGGCAGCUAGAGCUGCUGGAACUGUUGUCAUAAAUCAGUGUAGUCAUUGUCACUUAGUGACGAAGUUAUUGCUCCCAAUUGCCAUUGUUAACUGAGGACUACCUGCAGAUUUAGUUUUACUCAUUAAUGAUUCCUCUGUUUGCUUUCUGUGGGUGUCCAUGUUACACAUGGGAUGGCAGGUGUAGGGAUGAAAUAUUUUAAGUUGUUACUGUAGCAGUUUUCUUCAUGGGAUUUUACUGUGUUUAUCUUAGCAAUUUACCCUUGUCUUAAGUAUCACUUUGUUUAUUUUUCUUACUUGGACAAAAUUGUCACCCAUUUUCAUCUCCUUGAUUUAUCUUGCUAAACAUGCUACAGUCAUUCUAACCUUGUCUAACCCUCAACUUUGUGUACAUCCUAUUUAGACUUCUGUUACCGUUGUUUUAAACAACUGCCUAAAUGGUUCAGUUGUGGGUGGGGGAGAGGGAGAAUAUAUACAAUUGAAUAGUAUUUCCUAAAUAAUUUUCUAUGAAUAUACAUCAGGACUGUCAAACUUGCAGGCCGGAUGCAUCACAUGCUGGCCAUGCCCAUGCCCGGUUUAAUGAAGGGGGGGGGGAGUCCCGAUACAUCACGUGACGCCACGGUGACGCCACGGUGACGCAGCGAGUUUGACACUCCGGAUUUACAUCAUUGUCUAUUUUUCAUUUAAUUGUGAAGAUCACCUAGAGGAGAUCACCCCUGACUGCUCUUUAGAAGGCUAGAUCCUGAAGAUGAAAGUCAAAUACUUU